GUUGUCUUGGUCUGUGUCAGUAGCACCCUCGGCGACGGGCUUAAAUGUACGCUGAAACCUGCAGAUAUUCCAACAUCAUGGUUGGAUAUGGUAGAUCCAUGCAUAAAAAUCAUGGAGUCUCAAGUCAAAACGGAAGUUGAAGCUGCCAUGACUUAUCUUGCAAUGGGUGCUCAUUUUGCACGUGAUACUAUAAAUCGUCCAGGAUUUAGCAAAUUCUUUUUUAAAAGUGCAAGUGAAGAAAGAGAGCAUGCACUAAAAAUCAUUGAAUAUUUAUUAAUGCGUGGUCAACUUACAAGUGACGUUAGUAAACUUCUUAAGUUUCCUUUGAAACCGAUACGUGAAGAGUGGAAUAGUGGAACUGAAGCUCUCACUGACGCUUUGAACUUAGAAGCUCAAGUUACGCGCAGCAUUCGUGAAAUAAUCAUGACUUGCGAAGAUCCGAAAACAUACCCUUUCAAUGAUUACCAUUUGGUGGACUACCUCACUUCUGAUUUCUUGGAUGAACAAUAUAAAGGUCAACGUGAACUUGCUGGUAAAAUUUCGACGUUGGGUAAAAUGAUGCAAACUCAUGGACAUUUGGGAGAAUUUUUAUUUGAUAAGAAAUUAUUGAAUGGUGAAAUAUAAGUGUUUUAACGAUCGUGAUAUUCUUAUAAAUACAUGUAAAAUUAUGGUCAUAUUUAGAAUACAUAUACGAUUUAGGUGACUAUAUAUUUGUAUCUUAUUGUAGCUAUGUGAAACAUAAGAUAUAAUGGUUUUGUGUGAAUUUCUAAAUGUGGUCUGUAAUAUAUAUGUGUGUAUGUGUGUGCGCACACACACAUAUAAAAGAAUACAAGGAACAAAAUGUUUACGAUA